UUUCGAUCCAUCACUGAUCAAAUUCUCAGUGGCAUUCAUAUUAUCAACAUAAACGAGCUGAUUCCUGGAAGUGCUUUUGACAACAAAAUCAACAAUGAAGGGAAGUACGAGUCUACCGUGUGUGUUCGGCAAGAUGAAAUUGACAAGAAUUCUCUACUGAAUGCCAGGAUUACCUUUGAGCAGGAAGAUCCAGAUACAGUGGCUCGUAGUGAACCUCACAAUAACCAGGCGAAAGGAGAUACUGCAUCUACACUCCGACAAGACUACAAUGGUGGAAAUCCCAUUGCCUGUCGUGUCUUGGUGGCCAAUCAUGCCGAUUAUCACUACGAAUUGAUCGAAAGUGUCAUUCUCAAAUAUCCACUACCCUGGGACGAAAUGCCCUGUGAUUUUUCCAAAAGCAAUGUGGUCGUCUUUGAUGUCGCAAUGGUCCUGUAUCCCUCCAAAGCCAAGGAAUUGCCAGCCUUCAAGCCAUAUUACUACUCCUAUCUACAAGGAGGAGUGCCACGACGACGCAUGGUGGCAGAAAGCAAACGCAAUACGACUGCCAACAAUGAAAAAUAUGAAAAUGUCAUGGCCGUCAUGGGGGAUGUGGGCAGUCCAUGGGAGAUGGAAAAAUACGAGGGGAUCUAUGCCGCGCAAAUUGCGGUCAGUUGUGGGACCAUUGAUCCCAAAGGAUUUGUCAAUCGCAGUCCCUUUCACUUUUGUGUGCAGCAUCUAUCAUGCGAUGCAACUGAAACCUUCUGUGACGAAAACACCAGAAAAAGGUCCUGUUGGCUUAGUCCCAUGCACAAUCGGACAUGCUAUUUCUUGGCAGAUGUCUUCCCCAUGUUUCCAGAUUCAGAACAAUGUCAAAAACAGCCACAAACCAGUGAUAAUAACAACAACAACAAACUUCGUCUUUGCACAGUUGGUUCCGCCAAGCAUCAUGGCAAGUUGGCAGCUGUCUUUGGGGCUGACGCCAACUAUUACCGACAGCAUGUCAAAUUGUAUAUACAUCAUCGAUUUGGGAUGCUACAAGACUACGUCAUUAACAAAGUUGAGGAUGUUGUUGUCAUUGCCAAUCAUUCCAGCUUUAUUGGAUUCCAACAAUCCGUGUCCAAAUGCGAUAUUUUGCUGCCAUUGCUGUUUCCGGUUGGCGGAAUGAUGGGGUACUUCCAUUUCAAUCGCAAAUCACUCAAAUUAUCGGGCAGCAUGUCUCAAUUGAUUGCUUAUCAUUUGCCCUCUGUCAUGCACAAGGAUAUAUAUGAUUCCUACAAGGAUGUGCUCACGGCACCAGCAACAACACACGAUAUGACAGAAGAGAGUCUGGACCGGGCACUCAAGCAAAUGAUCCAAACUGUCACCCAAGAAAGGGAGAAGCCGUGCAACCAUAUCCACAAUUUUGUACGAGGGAGACAGUGCCUGCCACCACUACCAUUGCAGCCCCAACUCCAACAAAAGUUGGUGGCUUCUGCCAAAAAAGGUUUCUAGUAGCCAGGAGAUAUGAAGGCCAUUGCACACUACCGCUAAAGGCAACAACAACAAUCAGUACCGUACCCACAAACAUCCCCAAGCAACCCCUAGAUCCAAAAUUGAAUGCCAUAUGAACGUUGGGUUUGCUCGCGAGAAGAAAGUCGAUACAUGGGGAAAGGAGAAACAAGAACAGCAACGGAAACAACAGCACUGCUCGACUACGUCGACAUUCCCCCCAAGGCCAAGCCCAGGCCGGGCAAGCCACGGAAAGAGACCAUGACAAAGUUGCCCGCUCCUGGCUCAAGCGUCCUCCUUUUAGCAGAAAGCAAGAUCCGGUCUGGACGAACUGUUGUGGCGAUUGAAUUUAGCGGAAGCUGGUUGGAAUUGAACGGAGCAAAAGGCCCUGUUAUGAAGCAUACAUGCUUGUGCAACUGACAGGUAUUGUGUCAUGUCAUGCUUGGAGCUUGAAGUGUCCAUCGCAAAAGAAUGCCGGAUUGUUGCUGUUUACUCCAUCGGUAUUGGCAGGAUUGGGAUGUCAAAACAGAGGCUCCCAAUGCCCCGCCGCCACCUAGAACCCGCCAGUUGUAAUCAUGAUUAUCUACUGCACUUUUAAAGUGCCUAUGGCUUAGUUCGAGUUUCAUCUCUGCAUGCACUCUACCGUACUGUUAUCCC